UCUUCAAUUUCGACCAAGAGCAAAAUCCUUGAACCCUGGACUUAAUUUUGUGUUAAACCAUUAAAUUGAAAUAAAUCUAUGCGCCUUACUAAAACGUCAAUUUGAGGCGGUGGUAUUCCUUGUUCUAAACAAAACUAUGGCGUGGGGUGAAGCAACCCGUGAUAUAUUAUAUUAAAUGCAAAGUUAGUGGGUUUCCACUCCCCAAAAAAAUCGCACAUCCUUAUUUCCAUGCCGCGAAUGAGAAUUCAGAAUUUCUUGCAAGAUUUGACUGUAGAUGGCGUCCUCUCUCGUUAAAACGGGGUUCCUUUAAACGGCUGCAACAAGUUGUGACUGCGCUCUCUAUAAACAGCUCUCGGGGAGUGGAAGGCUCCCUCGUAUACAAGUCUCGUUCUCUGAAGAAGCAACCGGCAAGGUGUUCAGCGAGGAAUAUCUCUUUCUCCCUCCCCAUCUCUCUCUGCGUUUAUAAAGGAAUCCCCUUCCUCCCAUCCAUCGCUGCACGUUGGGAGAGAAAGAACAGUUUCGGGAGAACCUACCCUCAUUUAUUGCUGGGUUGUUAUUUUUCUUUAAAUCAAAACAACAAUGCGGUAACUGCGGGAAGAAACGAUUUAAUAACACGGGAGCUCCAGAAGUCUGAACCCAGUGGAAUGCGUUGGCACCGCACUUGUUGACGCCGAUGGCCCGGGUCCCGGCCUCCGCCUACCGCGGCUUGCUGCUCUUCCUGCCCUUCCUCGCCCUGUGCCCGCUCCCCGGUUCCCUGGCACAGAAUUCGGUGACGUUCAGCCUGCCCGAGGAACAGCCGCCCAACACGCUGAUCGGAAACCCGGGCGAGAGUCUGGGUCUGGAGCGGGACAACCGCCUGUUCAAGCUGGAGCUAGGCCAACCUUACCUUCGGGUGGACCAGACGGGAGGCAACAUGUACACCACGGAAACAUCCAUCGACCGAGAGAAGAUGACGUGUGACAGUCCCACCGAAUGCCCACUGGAGUUUGAGAUCUCGGUCACCGACACCAUGUACAACUCGCCCACCGUGCUGGUGGAAGGCAGGAUCUUGGUGCAAGACGUGAACGACAACUCGCCGUCCUUCAACUCGCCGGUCAUCACCAUCGCCAUCCCCGAACACACACCCCCGGGCACUUUGGUCAACAUCCCCACAGCCAGCGACCGCGACUCGGGGACCAACGGCGUGUCCGGCUACGAAUUGCUGGGCAACGAGGGCCAGGGUCUCUUCAGCUUGCAGGUGGCCGAGGAACACGGCGAGAGGUUGCCCCAACUCAUAGUCACCGGCUCUUUGGACCGGGAGCAACGGGACACCUACGAUUUGACGGUGAGGGUGGUGGACGGAGGGCUGCCACCCAGGAGUAGUACCUCGGUCUUGCGGGUCAGUGUGUUGGACAUUAAUGACAACGCGCCCCGAUUCGAGAGGUACAUUUACCAAGGGUCGGUGGAAGAGAACAGCCCGGCCGGUACUUCCAUCCUGCAGGUGAGGGCCACCGAUAUGGACUUGGGCGAGAACUCUCGGAUCGAGUACACUUUCGCCCAGGCGGCGGAUAGCGCCCGCCACCUACUCCGUCUGGACAAGAACACCGGCUGGAUUACGGUACAAGGGCCGGUGGACCGGGAGAAGUUCAACCAGUUCAGGUUCUACGUUCACGCCCGCGACAAGGGCCCGAUCCCCAAACAGGACAGGGCUUCGGUGGUGAUCACGGUUCGAGACACCAACGACAACGCGCCGGCCAUCGAGAUCCGAGGGAUAGGCCUGGUCACUCACCGAAACGGGGUGGCGGAUAUCGACGAGGACGCACCGGUCGAUUCUCCCGUGGCUCUGGUCCAAGUGUCGGACCGCGACGAGGGGGAGAACGCGGCGGUGACUUGCAUAGUCGCGGGAGACGUGCCCUUCCAACUCAAACCGGCCAGCGAGUCCAGCAGCGAGAGGAAGAAGAAGUUCUUCCUGCAGACCACCACCGCCUUGGACUACGAGAAGGACCAAGAGUAUCUCAUCCAGAUCGUGGCGGUGGACUCGGGCAACCCACCCCUGUCCAGCACCAACACCCUGACCGUGAAGGUCGCUGAUGCGAAUGACAACGCUCCCAUCUUCACCCAGAACCACAUGCAAGUUGGGAUCUUGGAGAACAACCCCGCUCCCACUUUUUUACUCCGGGCGGCGGCCACCGACGCCGACAGCGGCAGCAACGCCGAGCUCAUCUACUCCCUGCAACCCGACCCGGCCAUCCAGGACCUGUUCAAGAUUAACCCUAACACGGGAGAUGUGAGGGUCGUCUCGACGUUAGACCGGGAGCAGAAGGAUCGCUACGAGUUCAAGGUGGCGGCGGCGGACAAGGGGGUCCCCAGCCAGAAAGGGACGGCCACCGUGGUGGUCAAUGUCUUGGACGAGAACGACAACGACCCUCGGUUCAUGCUCAACGCAUACAAUUUCUCAGUGCGGGAGAACCUGCCCCCGUCCAGUCCUGUAGGUAUGGUCACUGUGUCCGAUGCCGACCAGGAGACCAACGCCCGCAUUACUCUGUUGGUGGACCCUGACAAUGGCGAAUUUGAGAUUCAAAACGGCACGGGGACCAUCCUCUCCCGGGUCUCCUUUGACAGGGAGCGCCAGAGCACCUACACCUUCCAGCUGAAGGCGAUAGAUGGAGGGACACCGCCCAAGUCUGCCUAUGUAAGUGUCACCAUCAAUGUCUUGGAUGAAAACGACAACACUCCCUUCAUCACUCAACCUUCCAAUUCCUCCUUCCAACACAUCAACCCCCUCGCCGCCAUUGGGACGGUGGUGGAGCGGGUCAAAGCCGAGGACAUGGACAUAGGAAGCAACGCCAAUUUGACCUACGACAUUGUUGGAGGUAACCCCUUUGGCCUGUUCCACAUCUCGCACGCUGGAAGCCUGACUCUGGAGAAAGAACUCGUGCGUCGACACUACGGGUUGCAUCGGCUGGUGGUUCAAGUGAGAGAUGGUGGGACGCCAGCCCGCUUUGCCACCGCCCUGGUCCACAUGUACGUCAACGACACCAUGGCCAACGUGAGCCUGGUGGAAGCGUUGGUGGGUCACAGCCUCAACACCCCGUUGGACGUGGACAUUGCCGGCGACCCCGCUUACGAGAAGAACAAACAGAGGAGCAACGUCCUGUUCGGAGUGAUCGCUGGGAUUAUCGCAGUCAUACUGGUGAUAGUGGUUGUGGUACUGAUCCGCUACUGCCGGCAGAAGGAAGCCAAGAGCGGCUACCAGGCCGGCAAGAAAGAAACCAAGGAUCUGUACACCCCCAAACAGACCAACAAAAACACCAAGCACAAGGACAAGAAAAACAAGCUCCCCAAACCUUCGAAACCACUGGAAGCCGAGGAGAGCGGCGCACAGAGGGGAUUACAAUUCAACUUGAUCAACGAAUCUAGCACUGAUAGUCCACGGAUUCAUCUGCCGCUGAACUGUAAUCCGGGCAGCCCCGACCUCGGGAGACAUUACAGGUCGAAUUCCCCUCUCCCCUCAAUUCAGCUCCAUCCGCAGUCGCCGACUGCUGGGAAGAAACACCAAGUGGUGCAGGACCUGCCCGCGACCAACACCUUUGUUGGAACCGGCGACAACAACUCUACCGGGUCGGACCAGUACUCUGAUUACAGCUACAAGACCAACCCCCCGAAGUACAACAAGCAGCUCCCACACAGAAGAGUAACCUUUUCCACUGCCAACCAUUCCCAGGAUCUUCAGGACCCAUCCCAGCACAGUUACUAUGACAGCGGGCUGGAGGAAUCAGAAACACCAAGCAGCAAGUCGUCCACCGGUCCGACGCUGGGACCCCUGGCCCUGCCCGAGGACCACUAUGAACGCACCACUCCCGACGGCAGCAUCGGAGAAAUGGAGCACCCCGAAAAUGAUGCCGAUGUAGAUCUUCGACCACUGCCCGACGUGGCGAUGACUGGGAAUUGCACGAUGGAAUGCACGGAGUUUGGCCAUUCAGAUAGCUGUUGGAUGCCGGGUGAACCAUCCCCCAACCGCAAGCCGAUAAACGUUCCCAAACUGUCCACCUUUGUGCCUUACGAAGACCACGGGAGCCAGGAUCGCCUGACCAAUGGGAGCCCCAGGCUCUCAGAGGACCAUGGUACCAAGAUGGCCAACAUCCGCUUCAUACCAACGCACAGUGCCUUCCCCAGUUCAAACCAUGAGCCCAGCAAGGAUUCAGCUCUGGAGGAAAUCCCACUCACCCAACCCCCUGACUACCAACAGCCCCCCGGACCCGCCCCCCAUAGUUCCAAGCGGGAGAUCUAUCUCUAGGGAAGUGAUGCUGCCUGCUCUGUGCCUGGUCUUGAAGCUAUUUCGACUAUUUGGAAACGCGGUUGAGCGGGAAGGAGCAGAAGAGGAGGAAAACGAUACGGAGAAAGCGAAGAAACAAACAAACAAAGGCUUUUGAAGGCAGAUUUGAUUUUCUACAGAAUGGACGGGAUUGAAAUGGUGUGGUUUUCCAGGGAUUUCCAUAACAUUGGCACAGCCUUGACCCUCCCCACCCCCCUCCCCCUCCCCAUCCACCUCCCCUCAUCCAGUGCCAACUGCAGA